GUGAAAGUUGGCCGCAGGCCAGCACCGCCCUGCUGGGUGUCCCACAGGGGCCCUGGGUGAAGGACAGGAGUAUCCAGUGUGUUGACGACCAGACGCAGUGGCACCAUGGAAGCCCCCUGGGGCUGGCUGGUGGUCGGGGUGCUGGCCAUAUCCCUGACAUCUUCAGUGACUGCGGAAGUGUGCCGAGCACUGGACGGGAAGGAUGGGAUCGCAGGAAUACCCGGCCGACCCGGACGGCCAGGCCCCAAGGGGGAGCAAGGGGAGAAGGGAACCUCUAGCUUCCGGACAGGAAUCCGCGGCCUUAAAGGAGACCAAGGGGAUCCUGGGCCCCCUGGAAAACCUGGCAGAAUGGGCUAUGCUGGGCCCAGCGGGCCCCUGGGGUCCCCUGGCCUCCCAGGGUUGAAGGGCAUCAAGGGUAACCCAGGAAACAUCAAGGACGAGCCUCGGCCAGCCUUCUCGGCCGUGAGACGGAACCCUCCAAUGGGCGGCAACGUGGUCAUCUUCGACACGGUCAUCACCAACCAGGAGAGCCCGUACGAGAGCCACUCGGGCAGAUUCAUCUGCGCUGUGCCAGGCUACUACUACUUCACCUUCCAGGUGGUGUCCAAGUGGGACAUCUGCCUCUCCAUUGUGUCCUCUGGGAGGGGCCAGCUCCAGCGUUCCUUGGGCUUCUGUGACACCAACAGCAAAGGAGUCUUCCAGGUGGUGUCUGGGGGUUCAGUCCUCCAGCUCCAGAAGGGAGACCAGGUCUGGAUCGAAAAAGACCCCAAUAAGGGCCGCAUUUACCAGGGUACGGAGGCCGACAGCGUCUUCAGCGGCUUCCUCAUUUUCCCAUCCACCUGAGCCAGGGAAGACCCCCUCCACCCCAUCCCCACCAUGGCCUCCGCUUCCUGCUGUGUGACCUUGGCCCACUCACUCCACCUCUCUGGUGUCUAUGCUCUGCUCUGUAAAGUGGGGGUGCUGUUGCUUUAGCUGCCAAAGAAAGAUCAUGUCUUAGAACUCUUCCUGGAAUAAAUACCUGAGUCCAUGUCUGCUGAGCUUGAAGUCA